CAGUCACCACUGACAGUAGUAUUCCUGUUUACAACAAAUCCAAUCUCUUGCUAUUCUGGAUUUCCAUUCUCCUCUUUGCACCACUUUCUGCACGAUGGCCACCAAAACGUUAGAGGCGCGCUUUGAGCACCUCACUGUCAAUGAUGAAAAUGAAACCCCUCCUAGCACUAUGCUCAAGUCUAAGGCGGCAAAUACAGGCACAAUAGCCAAUCUGCCUCCUCAGUCCCGAGCAAACCUCGUCAAAUACGCACUCCAAGCCACAAACGAGUCGAGACAAAAUGUCGCCCAAGUCGCCACGAUCACGACAACUACUACCGUUCCAACACUUCCUCCUUCGCCAGUACGAAAAGUCGUGCAGUCAUCGAGAACUUCGGACGAACACUAUGAGUCAAGUCAAAAACAGUCGGCGAUCUUCUUCGACCAGCCACAGGCUCCCAAACAUUUCCACUUGGGCAUGUUCGAGAUAGGAAAACCUUUGGGAAAAGGGAAAUUUGGUCGAGUAUAUCUUGCUAGAGAAAGAUCUUCCGGCUUUGUUUGUGCCUUGAAGGUCCUCCACAAAUCUGAGCUGCAACAAGGCAAGGUCGAGAAGCAAGUUCGUCGUGAGAUUGAAAUUCAGUCCAAUCUUAGACACCCCAACAUCCUGAGGUUGUUUGGUCAUUUCCACGACAGUAAAAGAGUGUUCCUCAUUCUCGAGUUUGCCGGCAAAGGUGAACUGUACAAGCACCUGCGGAAAGAACACAGAUUUCCAGAGUGGAAAGCGGCUCAAUACAUUGCUCAGAUGGCGGCAGCACUGAAGUAUCUGCACAAAAAGCACGUCAUGCACAGAGAUAUCAAGCCUGAGAACAUCUUGGUCGGCAUUCAUGGUGAAAUCAAGAUCUCAGACUUUGGAUGGUCGGUCCAUGCACCCAAUAACCGCAGACAAACCAUGUGCGGAACACUGGAUUACCUGCCUCCCGAGAUGCUCAAGCCUGGCAGCUCCGACAACUUUUACAAUGAGAAAGUGGACCUCUGGAGCUUGGGCGUCCUGACGUACGAGUUUCUGGUUGGAGAAGCACCAUUCGAAGACACCCCCGUUAUGACACAGAGGAGGAUUGCUCGUGGUGAUAUGACCGUGCCGAGCUUUGUGAGUUCGGGGGCGAAGGACCUGAUCCAUCGACUUCUCGUGCUCGACCCUGAAAAGAGAAUACCCUUGGAGGACGUGCUUCAACACCCUUGGAUCGUCAAACACUGCGUGACCAAAGGCGGCGAACGAGGGAGUCAAAGAGCGUCUGGCAGCAAAGAUGGAUCUGAGCGGUGACCACAGUCCACGGGGGACAGGUCCGCCUGCCCGAGCUUCCUUUUACCAUCAAUUAUCAUUUGAGCGCAUGUAUGUCUUGUCGAGGAUGUCUUGGAGUUUCGGCAACUUUUGGAGUGCAUCAACGAGUGCUUUAGAUAACCUGGGUAGCGUCUAUGGCUGGGAGUUUAGGAGCCGCAUCUUUGGCCACGACAGGCGCAUUGCUACAUUCGGUGGGUUUGGACAAAGAACCAUAAGUUAUGUGUAGAUGCCAUGUUGAACGAGGUGGAAUGACUCUGAAGGUGGUCGAGGUUGAUGAUUGGGAGUGGAUCUGGUAUGCCGACUUCGGGCCAAUGACGAAAUAUAUAUUCUUCAUCC